CUUUUAUUUUGAUGAAGAAAACAUAGGUGACCAAUCCGGAAGUACACAAGAAGGAAUGGAUAUGAUAAACAGAAACUUUGAGGAUGGUCUGACGGCUUCUCAAUGUUGUCAUUGUGCAUGUCGAUUACAUCUGUCGCAGCAUGAUUAACUUUGGAUCAUUUGAAAUAAUAUAUGCGUCUAGCUAGAAAGGUGUCGUAAAUACACGAAAGGAAGAAAGACAAUUCAACAUACCAGCUGGGAAACGUUAUCAUAGCUGGCUAACGAACAUUAGCGACAGCUAGUCAGCUAUGCUAACAUUACAAUCCACGUAAACUUGCCAUUGUUCCAUUCCCAACCAGUUGUUCAGUGACACCAGGAUAUAGAGCCGUGUUUCCCCGCAACUCACGCUAGCUCACUUAGUCUAGUUAAUAUGGAUGUUAAUCUGACAAUAUCCCUUAUUAGGGGACAAAUGGGUGUUGUCAUUGAAAAAGCGGUGACCGUGGCGGUGGAAAAUGUGUUGGGGGAAAUGAUGAAGGUGGUUAGCAUCAAGUUUGACGAAUUUCGAAAGGAGAUGAAUGCCAAGGAAAAGGAGAAUGAGAACAUCCGACAGAUGCUAGAUAUAUCCAGAUGUCAGAUGAGGGCUAUGCGAAAAUAUUUGAGCGUCUCCGCCGCGAAGGAUGACCGUCAGAAUCACCCCACGCAAAGACAGCAGGUCAACCAGUUUGACUCGAUUCGAGUUCCGGAGGUGCACCUAGACCAGACCACCUUUUCUCUGUCGCUUCCUCAUGGAGGAAUCUCGAAUGGUCCAUUAUGUCGGAGAACAGUGAACAACCUAACCCUGCCCGAAAUUAGAAAUAGCAGCUUCACUCACAGAUCCUUAAUGUCCCGGGAGGAGUACAGUACUACGUCGCACAAAAGUAAAGAUCCGAUUACAGAACCCGUGUCAAUGGAGGACCCCCCUCAGCCAGAACUUCGCCUUAUUGCCUCUGAUGGAACUACCACGUUACUGGCACCAAUUAAACAGGAGAUCACAGAUCGUCCAGAACUGGACUGCAGAUUCGAGGAAGUAGGGGAGAGCAGUGACACGCCACUCAACAGGAAGCCUGACCAGACCAGUCCUCCAGAGAGGGACCUUCCGGAUGCCCCGGAGCCCCGGCAUCUCAGCCCAGGAGAGGCAGAGGUUGGCGGGCUGGCGGGCAAGGACACCUCGCCCCCUCCGCUCGCCAGCACCGCCCCUCUGGUCAAAGAGGAGAUGGCAGAGGCGGAGAUGGUGCCCAUCAAGCAAGAGCCGCAGGAGGUGGAGGUUGAGGUGGAGGGAGACUCGUUGGGGCCCGUCGAGGGUGAAGGGCUCAGCCAGGGAGGAUACCUGGAGGGCACGGAGACCCAGCAGAUCACAUCGGGAGCCACCAUGGGACAGACGGGAGCGUACUUCUCACCCCUGGCCAGCUCCUCUACAUAUGCCGGCAGACAGCCCUGCGUCCCCAUGGCGACGGCGGUGUCCACCGGAUCGUCGCUGGCCUCGGCGACGUGGGCGGGCGUGCGGCAGGGGCGCCCGUGGCUGCGGGACCUGGGCCUGUACGAGCAGUACAAGCAGGCGCGGGCCGAGCUGCGCCGCCGCGCCAGGUGCGCCGGAAGCAGCUGGAGCAGGACCUGCCGCAGGCGCUGCUCGCCGACCUGGUGA